UUUUCUCACUUCUCUCGCUCUCCCUCUCUCAUCUCUCACUAAUUUGUCCAUUCUUCCGACACUUAAAAUAUACUGGUUAAAUUUUAAUUUCUUUUAGUACUAUUUUAUUAGCACUAGAAUCUUGAGUACCGAUUUAAUAUUUAUGCGAAUAUAAAUGGGGGCGGGCACAAGUAGAUUAGUUGAAACAAAUAUGAAAAAUAGAAUGAGGAACAUUGUGAGCGGCAGAUGAGAAAUAAAUAUGGCGAUCGACGCUGUGCAUCUUUUUUGUUGAAGAGUGAUUGUUCUUUUUAGUAUACCAAUAGAAAUAAAAUAAAAAGAAAUGAAAAGUAGUUGAAAUGUUUAAAGGCCGAGAGGGAUGUUACUUUAGUUGUAACGCCCUCACAAUCAUCCGCAAAAUGCUGCACUCAAUUUCAUUUUCUCCGUACUCUUACCACAUGCCGCUCUCUUCUCUACGCUCCCUCAACACUACGCCGUUUCAUCUCAAUGAGUGAAUUCUGUGAAGUUGAAAUGAAAGUCCGUGAUUAUGAGUUGGAUCAAUAUGGUGUGGUCAACAAUGCAGUCUAUUCAAGUUAUUGCCAACACGGUCGUCAUGAACUCUUGGAAAGCAUUGGUAUUAAUUGUGAUGCUGUAGCUCGUACCGGCGAUGCAUUGGCAUUAUCAGAGUUAUCAAUAAAAUUCCUUGCACCGCUAAGAAGUGGGGAUAAAUUUGUAGUGAAGGUUAGGAUUUCUGGAUCUUCAGCAGCACGGUUAUACUUCGAUCACUUCAUCAUUAAGCUUCCAAACCAAGAGCCUAUUUUGGAGGCUAAGGCUACGGCUGUUUGGCUUGACAAAAACUAUCGCCCGAUUCGAAUUCCAGCAGAGAUGAAGUCGAAGUUUGUGAAAUUUAUUCGAAAUGAGGCCUCUUAAUUUGGUUGCUAGAAUGCAAUAUUACAAAAGAUGCAUCGACAAUUGCCUUCCCCGUUGAUGUUAUUGAUUUCGAAUUUCAGCGACUGCAAAGACGAUUUCUCUUUGGUGAUCUUACUAUUGUUAGAUAUUGCGAUCUCCCUUGGCUAUGGAAUUGAUUCUGUGUAUCUCAAUGGUAACUAAAUUUAGAGGGAUUAAUGUUUUGGUUUAUAUUUUACUAGAUAUUUAGCUUUGUGCCCGUUUAGGUGUCCUGUGUAAGAGUUGGGCCAUGAUAUUACAUUAUUUGAUCGAUAACUAUACAAGUAUGUAUAAGCGAUCAUGCAAAGUGUAUACCAAAGAUCAGCUACUACACUAGGUCUUUGUAGAAUACAUAUUGAGAUACAAAAUACAUAUUGAAAAUGAGUUAAACAAUACAUAUAUUUGCCAAUGAGCUAUAGCUCAAAUGGCAUAGUCUCUCCAUAUUCAU